UGAACUAAAACAAUUCAUUUGAUCGUUUUUAGACUCCGGUCAAGUUUAGCUGAAGCAUUCUCAAUCGCAAACAGUUCUUAAUCGGAUCUCAAACACUAGACUAUCCAAUUUGGUGUCAUUCACAUAUAUUAAUCCAGUCAAUCGCUAAUAUUAACCUUAUCCUGCCUGCUGACUGAACAACAUCUCCUGAACACGGCCUUCUUGAAGUGUUUUAGCUGUUAUUGAGUGAGUUCGAACAAGAUGGCGUUGAGUGCUAGCCAGAUUGAGCAGUUCGAGAGUGAUGGGUACUUAGUGGUGGAACAGUACUACACGCCAGAGGAAGUGGACAAGUUGAAGAAGGAGAUGGCAUGGAUACUCGAGGGAUCUAUGGACCAGCUGUGCAGUAUGUCUGGUGUUUUCAAUGCGGAGGUUGAGGAUGGAAAACAAAAUUCUGACAAAUACUUCUUAGAGAGUGGGGAUAAAGUGCGCUUCUUCUACGAGGACGUUAAGGAACCCCCUCCCCGCUCGUUUACUGGGAGACGACUGAGCAGAGAGAAAGCACCUCUGAACAAAGUGGGCCAUGCACUCCACUGGCACAGCACUGCCUUCAAACGCGCCUCCCUGCAGCAUGAGAAGACAAAGGAACUGCUCAGGAGUCUCGGAUUUGUGAGACCAUGUAUCUGUCAAAGCAUGUACAUCUUCAAAAGGGCGAAAGUGGGAGGGGCUGUUAGGCCUCAUACGGAUGGCACAUUCCUUAUGACAACCGGAAAUUUACUCGGACUCUGGACACCACUUGAAAAUGCCACAAUUGAAAACGGUUGUCUGUGGUUCGAACCCGGAUCGCAUCGCACUAGAGAGAUCACAUCUUUCUUCGAAAGGACGACAGAUGAGUCAUCGGGUGAGACGGUGAUGAAGUUACGUCACACCCAGCCCCCACCCUCCGAAGAAGAGUUGAACUUAGUCCCCGUGGAGAUGAAAGCAGGGGAUUUGGUGCUAAUUCAUAAGGCGGUGCUCCACAAGAGUGAGAGGAAUGCUUCAGACAAACCACGUGACGCAUUCACUUUCCACGUGACCGAAACAUACAACACACAAUGGUCGAAACUGAAUUGGCUCCAAAACCAGGCCAGCCCUGGAUCAUUUUCAAUGCUCUACGACGACUCAAAACUACACAAAGAAACUAAAUGAUGCGAAAAAUUGGGAUCAACCGUACAAUCACCCCGAACUGUACGGUUGAUCCAAAACUUCCAAAAUUUGUGAUCGAACUAUGAUAAAAUUGAUUUUUAAUUUUUUUAAACCAAAUUUGAAUAUAGAUCAUGAAAAGAUUUCAGGUCUUUGUAAUUACUCAGCUGAAAAAAUUGAAGUAGUGCUGUAUCAAGAUCAGAAUUAAAACACAUUAAAUUGCAAUUCAAAGAUUUAAAAAC